CAAAAUCUUUCCAAAAGAAUUUUCCUUUUUCUUUGGUUUGGUUAUGGUGAUAUUUUUUCCAUACAUCAAGAAAGAGAUGGAAGUGAUAUGUUUGAAUAUGGUGAUAUGGUAAUUUUAUGAUUUCUUUCAUUCUUUUGCUAUUUAAUACGCACUUUGAGGUCCUUUGAAAAAAAAAAUGCACUUUGAGGGAGGCCCUUGGUGCAAAACAUUCAAGAAGAAGCUCAGCAGAUUUCUUGGGUUUUUUUUUUUUCCAUACGUAAAGAAAGAGAUGGGAGUGAUAUGUUUUUAACAGGCUUCUUUUGUAUAUUUCUUUCUUCUUAUCGCAGGCAUUAGUAAUGGUACAAAGCUCAAGAAGCCCAAGGCAAUAUCACCAAAGUUCCCAAAUCUCUUACCAUUGAAAGAAUUAUUCCUUUAAUUUGGAUAUGAGUAAGAUGGGAGUUUGUGAUAUCGUAUUUAAGGGUUCUUUCUUUACUUUCAUGGGUUGAGUGAAGACCACCCAUGCACAAAAGUCCAAAGAAAGCUUUUGAUGACUACCUUCACUUCUUGUAAUUAAAGUGAGGAGAUCUGCGGUAGAUAGAUGGUGGGUUUCUGAAUGUUUAUCUAUUACACUUCUCUUUAACUAGAGUAGAGAAGAUCAUGUGUUUGUGGAGAGAGGGAGAUGUAAGGUUGUUUGACAUGCAUCUGUUUGUGUAGAAAGAAAUGGAUUGAUAUUACAAUCCAACGCAAAGAAGAAGAAUUAGAGAUCAUUUGCAUGUUAAAGAAAUAUAAUAUUCAAUCCUAGUGGGUGCAUUGCCUCAAAACAAAAAGAUGUAGGACUGAAGGUAAUAGAGCCCUUUACUGGUUUUUAUUUUGAUAUUCCAAUGUCUCUACAAGAUUUAAUUAGUAGACUGCAAUUCUAUCUGCCCAAUGGGUACCCCAAAGUAGUGUGGUCCACUCUCUACCAACUGGGUGUUUUAAAGAAGCUAGGCUGGUCCCUUGCCCAUCUGGCAGCCUCCAAUGAUUCAAGUAGCUAUUGUACACAUCCAUUUCAGAAAGCUCCCGGGGUCUUGGCCACUACUUUGAAAGCCAUAUGAGCACCACAUGUGUACACUUAUCUUACUCCCUUUUUUUAUUUUUUACCUUAAAAUUAAACUAUCAUCCACAAUUGGAAAUCCACUCCCACAUAACCUACUGUUUAUGGAUCACUCAUGAAAAUUGUAGAUGAAAUGAUGCAAGUUCUUACCAAAUUAAAUCUUUCAGACCUAAAAUCUAAAUCUUUGCCUUCUGUCAUUUUGGUAAAAGUUUUCAGUACAAGUGCAAAUGUGGGCUCAGUUUAGCCAUGGUAAAACCCUAGAAACACAAGUUUAACUAUUAAAAAAAAAAAAAAAAAUCAUACUCCGCAUUCCAACAUUCUUGAAUUCACUUAUGCCUAUAAAUACAUCCACAUCGUGGUUUUUCUUGUAAUCAAAUCACUUAUCAAGGAUUAAAUUUCUCAUAAAAUUAUUAACUGUGAUCUUAAGUCUGGUCCAUUCGGAUGAGGAAUCUGCCCCAGAUCCUCCUAUUUAACUUAUCGUGGAUCCCAUAUUUGAGGAAAUUAUUAACAAUCAUCAUAAGUAAAAAUAGAGGGAUCUAACUGAUCGCGAUAGGGGAAGAGCAGCCCAAGUCAUUCAAUGGGGCGAUCGUAGCGAAUCUGUGAUGAAAGAGUGACGUGAAUGGUGACUAGAUGAUUUAUAUGAUAGGUGAAAAUGCAGGCCACAUGUUUGCAGAUGCACCAUACCUUUUUCUCUUUUCUUUCAACAAAGCAUCAUUCUUAGAAUUCUCUAGCCUCUGAUCUUUUCCAAAAUUACAUAGAUUCUUCAUCAAGUUUAUUCUCUGUUGCGAAAUCGACCUCAAAAUUUGCACACAGCUGAUUGACCUAGGUUGCAAAUUUGGAGGGAUGCAUUGAAUGGUGUCCAAGGAUCGCAAACCCUUCAGUGUUGAACCGUCGAAGUCCCAAAAUCUGAUUUUCCUGAGACGUUUGCAUCAAAAUUCAGAUGAUUGCUUAAGUUUCAAUGGUGAGAGAUGAUUAGAAGUUCAACAGAAAAGGAUGUUGCAACUAAGCAAGAAGGAGGCAUCGACGAUGGCAAGAACCCUAAAGGACCAUCUAGUUCAAGGCCAUGGUCAGGGCUAAAGGAUCCACGAAUUGUACGGGUCUCACGAUCUUUUGGAGGAAAAGACAGGCAUAGUAAAGUUUGUACCAUAAGAGGAUUGAGAGAUCGGCGUGUAAGGCUCUCUGUACCGACUGCAAUACAAUUGUAUGACCUUCAAGACAGGCUUGGGCUAAAUCAGCCUAGCAAAGUUGUGGAUUGGCUGCUCAGCGCUGCUCAAGAGGACAUCGAUAAGCUUCCCCCACUCCAAAUGCUUCCUGAGCAUUUCAUUCAAUAUCCACAACCGGUCAUGGUUUCUCAUGAAGUGAAUCAGCUGCAAGCUCCCUCUAUAUCCCUUUCAGGUGCAAAACCAGACUUUGUAAGUAGUGGAGUUAACUUACUACCUGGUAGAGGAAACAUGAAGAGCAGCAUCAAUGCGUUUGGGGAAGAUCAAACAACAUUUCCCAAGUGUAAAGAAGUCCGUAGCGAAUUGACAGAUGCAAAAAGCAAUUGGAUCAAGAAAGAUGAUCACGAAAAGCAUGGUACAGCACAUAUGUUGCAGGCCCAUACUUCUUUUCCUCGACCCAAUUUGUCAUCUCUCCCAAGCUUUCUACACAACUCCAUGCCAUACAAUUCCUGCUACCAUUGGGAGUUGCCAACGAACACAUCUGCGCCCCAUUUAAUCGGCCAUGGAUGUUCAUCUCAAACAGAAGAACCACAUGACUGCAAUUCUCUAUCAAUCCCGUCAUCAGUCGCUCUAACGUCCGGAUCUCAACUGUUACUGUAUCCAUCUGGGACGACUCCAUCGAUUUUUCCACCAUGUGUUAGUGCCUCGGCUGACUGCAAUCCUAAGCAAAUCAACCACUUCCAAAUGUUGAGCUCAGCUUCACAAAAUCUCCUUUCAAAUCCUAUCACAACAUCACUUUACUCAAUCAGCCCUACCAUGAGACCUUUCCAAGUGAACAUAACUCCCAUGUAUCAUCACUCUCAAAACAGCCAUGAGAGUGAUUCCAAAGCUUCUACUCUUGGAUCAAAUCCAUCUCCUUUCAUGUAAGAACACACACUUCAAGCAGCUGAAUUGAUGAGGAAAGCUUCAAAGAGCGUCAUGGUUUGUUGCAUUUUUUGAUGCAUGGAAUGAUAAAUAAACCACCAAUGAACAUCUUCUGCAGUAGAUCCAGCCGUAGAUCAAGCGGCAUUCUCUAUACUAAAUGAUCAAGAGGAUAUUAUUAAUUAGUAUCGCUGAGUUUCUCAUUCUCUUAAGAACAACUCUUUUAUUCAUCUAAUUACAUGAGUCUUGUAACGAAGAUAUUGUUUGUUCAUUAAUAGAUUUUCUUUGGGUAUUAU